AGCUGUGUGUGGCGCGGCUGCAGCGGGAAGUUGCCCAGAGUAAGAGCGAAGGAGCCAUGCGUGAGAAGCUGAUACAUGAGUUGGAGGAAGAAAGACAUUUGAGACUUGAGAGUGAAAAAAGAUUACGGGAGGUGACCCUGGAGUCGGAGAGGAGCAGAGCUCAGAUGCGGGGGCUGCAGGAACAGUUUUCCAGAAUGGAGGAGACAGUGAGAAAUCUGCUACAGAGCCAAGGAUCCCCAGGCCAGCAUGGAGAAGGAACUGUCAAUAUCAUGAAGGUAUAUCAGGAAAAGCUGUCAGAAGACAGUAGGAGAUGUAAAGAAGGCACGGAAAAAAUUCGCACACUGGCAGAUGAAGAUUCAAGAAGUGAGAGCAGCAGCACCGAGGAGGAGAAGGAAAAAACAAAAUUGCUCUUGGAGCGUUUGAAAGCUCUGGAGGCAGAGAAUUCAGCGCUGGCUCUGGAAAAUGAAAAUCAGAGAGAACAGUAUGAAAGAUGUCUUGAUGAGGUAGCUAAUCAGGUUGUUCAGGCUCUACUUACUCAAAAGGGUCUGAGGGAGGAAUGUAUAAAGCUGAAAAUGAGAGUUUUUGAUCUGGAACAACAGAAUCGAACUUUAAGUGUGCUUUUCCAGCAGAAAGUCAAACCAGCUUCUGACCUCCUCCUUCAGAAACUCCACUCACGCAUCUUGGACCUCUCCUCUGGGGAUUUGCUUUCAGAAGUGGAACGGAACCGAAGCCUGGUGCAGGCUCGAAGUGCUGAUGCUCAGAUGCUCGAAUGCCAGCAGAAUGUGAAAUGCAGCAUACCUGUCCUGAAGUGCCAGAGUCAAUUAAAUGUGACGGGCUCUAGCCGCCUGUAUCCUCGCAGCAGCUGCAGCAGCAGUGAACUCUCCCUCUCAAGUGCUUGCAGUGAAUAUUCCAGUGGUUCCUCCUACACUUGGAAUGAUGGAAAGACAAGCAAAAGGUCAUCGGUGAGGUGGGAUAAAAGAGUGAGCAUUGGUUCUUCGCUCCCCAGCAACCUCUCAAGUCCUGCAGAAGAUCUACCUCCAACUCGUAUCAAGGAAAAUCAUAUCUUAGAAGGGCUGAAAAAACUGCAGGAGCAAAAAAUAUUACUUGAACCACCUUCAGUAAUAUCAAAAUGGGGUUACAAAGAUUGCAUGAACUCCAACGAAGGAAUUUAUUCACCUGGAAUUAAGUGUGGUGGCCAUAAUGAACAGGCUCAUUGUAAGCCAAUGGAAAUGGGAAGUAUUUGCAUUGAACACAACAAAACUUUCUCUUAUGAUUCAGAUUCACAUGAUGAUGCAGAUGAUGACUCUUCAUCCUUACUGUUGCUGCAGGAAGUUCCAAGCAAAGACUGCAGGACCUAUUGUAACAAAUUAACUCAUAGCAUUUCCGACAGCCUUUUUGACUGGGAUCCCAACAGGAAACAUUUGCCAGAAAAAAGUUCAUUUUUUAAUUCAAAGGAAAGACCUGAGAAGUUGACUAGUUUUGUCAGUGGAUUUCAGGCAGAAGUAAAAUCAUGCACCAGAGCAAAGCUGCCUGAGUUACAGUUAAAUCAAAGCCAUUCUAAUACAGGCUGGAAGGACUUUAAUUUUCAGCUUUCAGACACUGAUGACAAUGAAGUGUUGGAUGAAUUGCAUAUAGAAAGCAGUGAUGAAAAAAGUCCCUCAGAUUUAUUAGCAACUCCCUUUCCUGAGAAGUAUACAAAGACCUCUGACUUGCUCAAAGUCACGGAGAAUUCUCAGUUUGUAUCUCCUGGCAAAGAAGAGAAUCAGAUACCUGCUCACUCAGACAUUAGGCUGAAGACAUGCAGUUUCAUUAAACAACAAAAGGUUAUAAAAAAGACCUCUUCUGAAGAGUGCAUUAUGGUAAUAUACGAUGCUAAGGAUGGUGAGCCAGUUGAAUUCAGCUCACAUCAGACUGGAGUUGUCACUGUUACAAGAAAUGAGAUUUCAAUCAACCAGCCACAAACAACGUCCAGUGCAGAAUACACUGAACUUAUACCUCAGGGAAGAGCUGAUUUGCAGCCAGGACUCAAUGCUAGAAACUACACUGCUUUAGAACGACAGGAAGAUGAAAGUGGGAAAAAUACUCUUGAAGAUAAUACAGGGAAUAAAAAUACAGUUAUCCCCCUGACCUGUGGUGAAUCUUCACGCUGUGGAAGAGUGACACAGCAGAAUACUUCACGACAGAAACUAGUGAAGCCAGUGUAUGAUGCAUCAUACAAGGGCAAUUCAAACUCCACUGUGCAUGCAGGAAUCAAUCAAAAGCCAAAUGUAACUAAAAUACCCAGCAGAGGUAAAUUUUCUCCCCAGAAAACUCUGGUGACUGAGAGUGGGGAGGCACCUGUAGCUCUGUCAGUGGGCCCCACAGCCCUUGAAAAAUCGCCUGCUCUGCCACCUGUAAAGCUUUCAAGAUUCAAAAAGGCUCAAAGCCCACCUCGUCAUUUUGAUUCAAAAGUCGAAUUUCAGGUUCCAAAGGCCCCUGCCCACCCCCUGCCUGACUUUAAACGUCCUGGCAGAGGAGAUGGGUCAAAGCAUCCAAAGAGUCAGAGUCCAGCACCACCACUGUUGCCUCAGCACCUUAUAGAGCCCAGGAGCUAUGGGGAACCUCCAACCAGAGACUCCCAUUGUGAUUUAGCUGCCGUAGAAGCCCGGUCUCCAUCCCCACCCCUUCCUCCAGGCAGGUCAACAUCCCUGUUGAUUCGGCCUAAUUAUGCUAAUUCUCCACCCCUAGCAGUAAAGUUAGGAGGAGCUGGUCCCACUGAAACAGCAAAAAAUAUACUGAAGUCAUCUCCAUUAAAAGGGACUGUGAACUCUGGCUUCCAUAAUCAAUCUAGUCAUGAAAAGCAAGCAAAAACUGUAUCUUCUGGGGCCAAAAUUGAAUUAUCUUACCUUCAAGAAAAUGCAGAAGGAAUUAUGCAAAAUAAAUGCACAUCUCAGCAAUCCCACAGUGCAUGCCAAGGACUUUCCAAAGUUUCCACAAAGCAAGUCUGCCCAAAAAACCCUAAUCAGGUGGGUGUCCACAGGAGUUGUGAGUAUUCCAGCACAGAUUUUCAAACAGCCAGGUCCUUUUCUCUGGGUUGUCCGUCACUGGAAACAACUCCUUCACAAGACACAUAUUCCAGCAAAAAAAAUAUUUCCAGUGACAGUGGGUUGGAUCAGCUACAAGAGAUGACAAACAUUCUCCCCACAACUCCUCAAUGUCAUACGACGAGCACAAGUGAGCCUUUGCUGUCUCAGGUAAACAAUUUCCCAUCAAGGCUGUUUCAUGCCAGCGAUGCUGCACAUGGCUCUCAGAACUCUAAUGAGAGGGGAAUGAAAACCCGUCUCCCUGUAGGACUGAAAUUAUUUGUCAAAUCUCCCCAGCUGCUCCGCAAGAGCUCUACUGUACCAGGGAAGCAGGAAAAAGACAGUAUAAAUGCAGCUUCCAAGGGUAAUGUGAGUUCCAGUAGGUACAGGCAAAGUGAGCCUGUGUGUGUAACCACCAAAGGUGCAACAGAUGCGGAAUUAAAGGACUCCAAGUCUGAUACUGAAGUAAAAAAUAAUUGUGCUGUGGGACUUAGCAUGGAUACAGCAUCAGCUCAUUCCCAUGAAAGCUGCAACUUGGUGGUAGACAGAGGAGAUGGAUUAGAAAACAAAUUAGUGAAGAGGUCUGUUUCUUCUAGCAACAAGUCGCACUUGAAGCCAGCUCUGGGCAUGAACGGGGCGAAAGCUCGUAGUCAGAGUUUCAGCAGUCACACAGGGGAGAAGCCAUCUGCCCCUGUGACAGAGGGUCUGGGGAAAGUACGGACUCAGAUUAUUACAAACACUUCUGACAGAGGGAAUUCUCUAACGAGGCAGAACUCAGCCAUGGAAGGACUUCAAAUCAAGGCUACUCCUGGGGCAGCAGGGACACCAGAGGCUCUUUUAUAUACUUCUAAACCCACAGAAAAUUCUUGUCGUAGACAAGGCUCUCUUGGAAAUGUAAGUAGUUGCAAUAGCCAGCAUGGAAGCCCAAGCAAAUUGCCCUUCAGAUCAUCUCAAAAAGUGGACCAGUUUCAGAGCAAUUCCAAAUGUGAUGGAAGCAAACCAUUUUCUCAGAAAGACGCACACAGUCUGUCUGUGCAGAGUGAGAAAAGCGCUGAAAGCUUUAAGCAUGAAGCUCUAGGUAAGAAAAGUGUUCUGUCAGCAGAAUUGGAGUUAGAAGCCUCGGCUGAUGUCUCUUCCAAACAAAUUUUGUCCUUCCAGAGCUUCGAUGGAGUAAGGUGUCCGCAUAAACUGGAAGCAACAAAGUCGCGAAGACAGCAAAUGUCUUUAAAAUUAGCAGAAACCUCUGAGAAGGUAAAUGAUCUUUUGAGUUCACCAUCUCUGCAACCUACAAUAGAGGAGAAAGUCAUGUUAUGCAUUCAAGAAAAUGUGCAAAAGGGUCAGGGACAAAGCAAAUCCCCCACUGUGGAGACCAAACAGAAGACUGGGCCUUCUAUAGCCAGUUGGUUUGGCUUCCGGAAGAGUAAGCUCCCAGCACUGAGCAGCAGGAAGACUGAAGUUCCUAAAACUAAGGUGGAGAAAAAGGAUGCAAAAGUUUCAGGAUUUGGAAUUAAGCAGGCAAAAUUAGAGAGAAGAAAAGAAAAGAAGAAAACUGAACAACACUGUGAAAUAGAAAAUGAAAUUAACAGGAAAACAGACAAUGGUGACAUUUUAUCUAUGGAGAGCAAAAUUACAAAGCCUUCCCAAGACCCUCCUGGUGAGAUUGAGUGUGGACAAGUCCAAGGUUCUACCACAGCUGCCUACUCACCAAAAGACAGCUUUAUGAGAGAGCUUUUAAACAGGAGUGUGUCGAAGGGCAGCUCCCAGGGCUCCUCUCUUCACGGCAACUCUAUCAGCUCUCAAGGAAACCACAGGAAAAACAGCAACACAAAAGCUGAUAUGGAAAUGCAGAAUCAGACCCUGGCUAAAGUAGUCACAGAAAACCUGCAAGAAGAAGAGGAGGACACCAUGACCAGGACUACAUGUCAGAGUCAUGUGAUAGAGUCUUGCUGCCAGAUGAGGACGCUGGACAGCGGCAUCGGAACCUUCCCCCUCCCUGACUCGGGGAACCGAUCGGCGGGGAGACACAUUUCCAGGCAGGAGCCAGCCUUGGAAACGGGAGCCUCUGCAGCAUCCCAGCCAGCUCCUCUUUCAGCUCCUUCAGUAAAAGCCAAAACUCUUGAGCGAGAAGUGCCUUCAGCAGCUGAGAGCCAGGAGUCUGUGGAAAGCGUAAUUAGUCACUCAGCAUCCGACCCGGCCAUGGCUGCCAGAGGUACACGACCUUUUCAAAGUCGCCUUCCCAAACCAGCUUCCUCAGGAAUAAUUAACCUUGCAAAGCAAAGUGAACAAGAAGCGAGUUCUGUGACCUCUGCCUCAUUAGAACACACCCAAGAGACUGUGGAAAAUAGAAAAGUUCUUCCAGAGUGGACCCCCAAGAAAACUACUAAAACAAAGGACACAGCUCUAAGGGUGUGCACGUACUCAGCGAGCAGCACUGACAGUGAGCCAGAGCCAGAGUACAAACCCGGUUAUUUCAGCCCUGCAGAGGAGACUCUUGUGGAGCUAACAAAGAACAACAGACAAGCUGUGCAGGAAAAACAAAGUCAGAGAAGGUCAUUUUUGGGGAACCCAAUGUCAAUUUUGGAUUUAUACCAACACAGUCUCUAUGGCCAUUUUGGAGAGGAUGGACCUGAGCAAUUAGCACAUUACAGCUUAAUUGAGCAGCUGAGUGGAGCUUCCAGUAAAGACAGCAAGAGCAAGGAGAGCCCAAGUAAAUUGAAGCAAACUGAAGAAACAAAAGAAGAUCCCCAGAACAGAGUAUCUCAGAUUUCCCUGGAGUCUCUCAAUAAAUUUAACAGCAAUAAUGUACUUUUAUUGGAAAAAGAGAAGAACUGUCUGAACAAGGUUGAAGGACAGAAGGAAGAAAAUGGAAAGAAGGAAGCAGCAUCCUUGAACAGCUCGGGUCGGCAGGAUGUGGACAAUUUGGAAUCCUUGAGUGAUUCCCUGUACGACAGCUUCUCCUCUUGCACCAGCCAAGGCUCCAACGACGUUUAG